AUGGCGUCGUCAGUUUAUCAAGAUUCGAGAACAUCUGAAGUCACAAAAAUUACCACGCAUCGGGAUAAUUACUCAGAACUUCCGCCUGUUGAUCAUCAUGCACCAUUGUAUUCAUAUUUCAGUCAAGCGUCGCCAUUACCAUUGUUGACUUCACAGUUCUUAGCUCAACAAACGUUGAUGUCGGCAUGGCCUUUUCAUCCAGCUCUCAUGUCUACUUGGCCCUUUACAACUCCAAUGCCAUACGUAAGCCCCAACACUUCCUAUCCAGCGUCAACUCGAAUCACAGAAUCAAUUAACAAUAAUUACACGUUCAUUGAUAACAAUCAUGAUAGUGACUUUAAGAACGAGACGAAAAUAUCAAGUUAUUCACCUUUUUCUGGUUCAAUUUGCACUUUCCCAUUGUGUGAUCGUCAAUUUGUUCAAGUUGCAAAUCUUCGUCGGCAUUUAAAGACUCACGAACAUGCAACAAACUUGAAAAUUCACCAAAAAUUUCUACAAAAUGACGAAGUCGUUUGUGAACAAUCGUGUCGAUCUGAAUCAAGUGAAGAUUGUUUAGAUUUAAGAAAGUCUACGAUCAUUGUCAACGACAUAAAUCAUCAGUUAAGUUCAUCAAUGGAAUACGAAAGUCCAGAACAAUCUGAACCUGAAGAUUUAUCUUUUAAGUCUUAUUCAAGAGGAUAA